CAGGAACCCGGAAGGGUGGGGAUAGUGCAAGGAACAGCUGUAAGUUCGGCGUCAUUUUACAGUUAAAUUAUUAUAGCUCAGUUUGAAAUUCAGGAAGUGACAUUGGAUUUCUCACAUCCUCUAUCUGAGAACUGAAGGAGGAAUAAAAUGUACUUUCGGUCUGACUGUCAUUGGUAGCCCGAGGUCCGAACAACUGCGAGUGCACAGUGAAUGGGAAGAGGCGAAUCGUCUUUGCAAUAUAUAUAUAUAAAACGGGUCAAAAUCCAGGUGUAAAGGGAGAAAUUCCUGGUCCUAAUGAAAACUUGAUACUGGAACUGGCGUAGGAAUCGAUCGAAUAUGUCCUUGUGACCAGCUUCCGGUCUUUAAUCAGCAUUCCUGGCAAGGAAGCCCAGAAGCAUGGUAUAUUGGUGAGACCAUACAGAUGCUACGGCAAGGAUGAAUGGACAUUGCACAACAAUUGCCAAAGGGGAUGAGCCCUCCCAGUCAAGGAACACUUCAACGGUCAAGGACAUUCAGCCUGUGAUCUUCAGUUUAAAGUCAGACAUUCCAAGGAGUUUACAAUGAUGGCCAUGCAACCACGGAGGAUUCGCUUGAAACCAUGGCUUUUGGCACAGGUGGACAGUGGACAAUAUCCUGGGCUUCAGUGGCUGGAUGACCAAAGAAAGCAUUUUCAGAUCCCAUGGCGGCAUGCUACCAGACAUAUCCCCACCCAGGAUGAUGAAAACACAAUUUUCAAGGCUUGGGCAGUGGAGACAGGCAAAUACCAUCAAGGAGUUGAUGGGCCAGAUCCAGCAAAAUGGAAAGCAAACCUCCGCUGUGCCCUCAACAAGAGCCGGGAGUUUAAACUGAUUUAUGAUGGCACUAAGGAGACCCCCAUGCAGCCAUAUAAGAUCUACCAAGUGUGUGACCUUCAGCAGUCCAAUGGAGGAAAUGUCACUCCAGAGACUAUUGACUAUGAAGUGGAUGAUGAGGAAGAGCAACAGCUCCAAGUUUUGUUUCCAUCAAUGACCUUGGAAGAUAAUGCUAGCCUACCACCGUACCCAGCGCAGACUUGGUCGAAACAGGAAAUUACAGUGCCUGAUUCCUGCAUGAAUGGAAGACUUGCUAACCCGACACUCCCGCAAGGGGACCUUUCCCAUGCAAAUCUAGAUCACAGUGAACUCUCUCAGCCCAACCUUACUCAUGGAGGCCUCAUUCAACCGAAUGUCCCUCCAGUCACUCAAGAAACUUUUAAUCCACUCCCACCACAGCAAGUGGACCAGUUCCCCUCAAUGACCACAUCUGAAAUGUUUAUCAACUCUCUGCCGUUGACUGACCUGGAUGUGAAGUUCCAAUACCGGGGCAAACAGAUGGGAUCGUUGAUCACUGUCAGCAACCCUCAUGGCUGCCGUCUGUACUAUGGCGACCUAGGCCCUAUCCCAGACCAAGUGGAGCUCUUUGGACCCAUUACCUUGGAACAGGUCCGUUUCCCCAGCACGGACCAGGUCUCUCAUGAGAAGCAGCGAUACUACACCAAUCACUUGCUGGAUGUCAUGGACCGGGGUCUCAUCCUGGAGAUCCAUGGGCAGGAUAUUUAUGCUAUCCGCCUGUGCCAGUGUAAGGUGUACUGGUCUGGGCCCUGCGCUAUUGGAGCACCAGGACCCAAUCCCCUUGAGAGGGAGAAGAAGAUCAAACUCUUCAGUUUGGAAAACUUCCUCAGUGGUGAGUUGGUUCAUUUUUUAAAAAUUUGUUUAUUUUCUUUUGUUUUGUCUGUUUGAAACAAGGUCAGGGAUGUAAAGUGGGAAAGGAAUACUUCCCAUUUUGGGUGCUCAGUAUCUACAUAAACCUUUCCCAGCUCGGGUAUAAUGUGAUUAAAUACAAUGUAAAGGUCACUGUCAUUCAUUCAAAUAACUUGCUUUAGCCCCAAUCUCAAAAGAAUGUUCUCAAACAGAACAAGGAAUACAGCACCUCUAAUAACAUCAGGAUAUCUCGGACGGCUUUACAGCCAAUAAAGUUGUUAUCUUAAAAUGUAGUCACUAUCAUAAUAAAGAAAACACUACAACCAAAUUGAUCAUAGCAAGGUCACACGAACAGCAAUAUGACAUUAACAAGAUUUUGGUGACUGUGGUGGUUGAGAGAUAAGCAUUGGCCAGAUACUGGAGAUUAGUGCCAUGGGAUGUACUUUUUAUUUUCAUCUGGACGGAUCAGCAGACAGAUUUAAUACUUUUUUGAAAAGGUGGCAAUAACGUGCAUUUAUAUAGUACCUUUAACAUAAAAAAAUCCCACAGUAUGCCAUAGAUGAGAAUUCUAGAUCUAAAGGCAAGGCAGCCUAAUGCAUAUCCAUUAACGGUGGAGCAAAGGAAACUGGUGAAGAGUAGAAAUCUAGGAGGAUUUUAGGGCUGGAGGAAUUUACAGAGAUAGGAUGUAGCAAUGUCAUGGAAAGAUUUGAAAACUGGGAUGGAAGUUUCAAAGUUAAGUUGCUCCUUCAUAUAUGCAUGGGAGUGCCUGCACAGAUUUUGUGAUCAAGAUUUUAGAUUAGGACUUAAACCCAUAACCUUCUGACAAUGAAAUAUAUGGUCCCCAAGGAUCUGGCCAUUGUGCUGCAACAACUUUUUAUCAAUGUUGUUUAUCAUAAACGACAUUGUACAUGAUUAUGCUAAGGAUAAGCUAUGUUUCCUCUUCCUCCUUCUCCUCCUCUUGAAUUGUCUUAUGAGCUACCUGCAGCCUUCAGCAUGGUUGGUCAUGUCAUCUUCUUCCAAAUCUCUCAUCCAGAUCCAUUCUUAUUUUCCUAAUCAUAGCCAGAGUGUCAUUUGCAAUGGUUUCUCUUCUUGUUCCUACAUCUUUACCUCUGGCAUCUCCCAAGGAUCUAUCUUGCAAUCAGUCCAGCAACACCUCUGCACCUGCUGACCUACAUUACCUUCUGUUUAAGCAGCAUUUGGAUUUUAACAUUUUCAACUUUUUUUUUUCAGUGGUUCCUUCCAGGCCCUCCAGGAUAGCUACAUCAGUUUCUUUAGCAUCCUCUAUUUUAAUUGCUACAUGAUUGGCAGCUGCAAGUUCAACUUCCUAGGUCAUAGCGCCGGAAUUCCCUCCCUAAACCUCUCUACCUCUCUUACCUCCUUUAAGACAAUCUCUUUAACCAUGUUUGUGACUCUCUUACUCCAAUAUCGCCUUACAGGGUUCAAUGUCAAAUUCUGUUUUACAGUAGUCCUAUGAAGUGUCUUGGAGUGGAUUAUU